AUGCACGGCCAUAUCCGAGUCCUGCUUUUAAUCAAUAUACCCCCCAAAAUGAUAUUUCGCCUCUCCAAACCCAGAAUAUACCGGCCGUGGAUGAAUCUUGGAUACCCUGGUGGUGCUAUCUUGCCAGUCUUUGAUGCGAUUUACAACUCGAAAAACCUUGACUUUAUACUUCCACGGCAUGAACAAGGUGCUGGACACAUGGCUGAAGGCUAUGCUCGUGCAUCAGGAAAACCAGGUGUAGUGCUUGUCACAUCAGGACCUGGCGCAACCAACGUUAUUACGCCGAUCCAGGAUGCUAUGUCCGACGGAACUCCCAUGGUGGUCUUUUGCGGCCAGGUUGCGACAACCGCAAUUGGAACGGAUGCCUUCCAGGAAGCCGACGUAAUUGGCAUAUCGAGAGCUUGUACAAAGUGGAAUGUCAUGGUAAAAUCUGUCGCUGAGCUCCCCAGGCGGAUCAAAGAGGCAUUCGAAAUUGCCACCAGUGGCCGACCGGGUCCUGUUUUGGUGGAUCUCCCCAAAGAUGUGACUGCCAGUAUUCUGCAGAAGCCUAUCCCCAUGAGCAGCACGCUCCCCACCCAGCCAAGUGCUGCAACCCUUGCGGCGCGAGAGCUUAAUGCACGCUAUCUGGAUGCCAAUAUCCAGCUUGCAGCUAAGUUGAUUAACAUUGCAAAGAAGCCCGUGCUCUAUGUUGGCCAGGGGCUCCUUGCGCGUCCAGAAGGCCCGGAAUUGCUGAAGCAGCUGGCAGAUAAGGCCAACAUUCCGGUCACCACAACUCUACAGGGCCUAGGCGGAUUUGACGAAAUGGAUCCGAAGUCUCUCCAUAUGCUGGGAAUGCAUGGCUCAGCUUACGCCAAUAUGGCUAUGCAAGAGGCAGAUUUGAUUAUUGCCAUGGGUGCCAGAUUUGAUGACCGUGUUACUGGAAACAUUUCCAAGUUCGCUCCCCAAGCUAAGGCUGCCGCUUCGGAAAACCGAGGUGGUAUUAUUCACUUUGAGAUGGUGCCCAAAAAUAUCAACAAAGUAGUCGAAGCAACGAUACCCGUUGAAGGUGAUUGUGCAGACAACCUUGCUCUUUUGCUUCCACAGAUCAAAGCUAUCAAGGAACGACCCGAAUGGUUCGGGCAGAUUAAUGACUGGAAGAAGAGAUUCCCUCUUUCCCUCUACGAAAGGCAAACCCCAGAAGGCCUCAUUAAACCCCAAGCACUUAUUGAGAAACUUAACGAGUUGACCGCGCAUAUGAAGGACCGUACCGUUGUCACUACUGGAGUCGGCCAGCACCAGAUGUGGGCUGCCCAACACUUCAGAUGGCGAUAUCCACGGACUAUGAUCACCUCUGGUGGGCUCGGUACUAUGGGGUACGGGCUACCGUCCGCCAUUGGUGCAAAGGUUGCCCGGCCGGACGCUCUUGUGAUCGACAUUGAUGGCGAUGCAUCGUUCAACAUGACCAUCACGGAGUUGUCAACUGCAGCGCAGUUCAAUAUUGGCGUUAAGAUCAUCGUUCUGAACAAUGAGGAGCAGGGUAUGGUGACGCAAUGGCAGAGCCUGUUCUACGAAGACCGCUUCGCCCAUACUCACCAGCUGAAUCCGGAUUUCGUCAAGGUCUCCGAAGCUAUGGGUGUACAAGCAAGGUUGUGCUCGAAACCAAGCGAUGUGGAGUCGAGCUUGAAGUGGCUUAUCGAGAGCGAGGGUCCGGCCUUGCUCGAAGUGACAACAGAUAAGAAAGUCCCCGUUCUACCAAUGGUCCCGACAGGCAAGGGGCUACAUGAGUUCUUGGUGUAUGAUGAAGCCAAGGAAAAGGAGCGAAGAGCCAUCAUGAAGCAGCGAUCUGGACAUUAG